AGGCAGUCCCUUUCUUCGUCUAUUCCUCCGCCACGCGCCACCGCACGCGGUCUGUUCCUCCCUCGCUCGCCCCUCUUCAUCCGUGGGCCUAAGCCGAACACACCCUUGACAUCGAUUUACGUGGCUCAACCCUAGAAGCUGCCCGUCGCAGCGGCAGCUGAGCUUCUGCGCGUCCCCUCCCAUCGUUGGAACCAUUUUAGGGUUCCAUCUAGAGGCUCGGCGCGUGUUCACCGAAGACGGUGGUGGGAUGGCGGAAGGUUUUGGGGUUUCAGCCGACGGGCGGGAUGCCUCGCCCAAAUCCGAUGUUGCGGUUUUCAGAGACUCUCUUCGAGCUCUUGAGUCUUGGAAGCAGCUUACAUGGAAAGUCCUGCUGAAUUGGUUCUCCUAGUUCCAGUCUUUAUGGGAAUCUUAUACAUAGGUUGUUGAAGGAUCUAGGUUCCAAGGUGUCGGAAAAGUUAAUUGCUCUGAUGCCAAAUUUGUUGACAACUUUGAGACACCAAGACUUGUUUGUUGUUAAACAGUCAAUUUCUUGUGGGACGGCUUUAUUUGGUGCUGUUUUAGAAGAAAUUGCACUCCAGUUACAUGGUUCUGGUAAAAUUGAGCAAUGGCUUGAAGAGUUGUGGUCUUGGAUGGUUAAAUUUAUGGAGUCAGUCUCUGCAAUUUUGAUGGAGCCUGGGUCUAAUGGAAUCAAGGUGCCUGCUCUAAAAUUUAUAGAAACUUGUAUUUUGUAUUUUACACCUGCUGAGGAUAGGGGAGUAUUUUCUACUCAAGGGAAAUUCAUGAGAUUUAAUGUUUCACAUUUGCCAAUCAAUAAUUCAAUUCUCAAUCCAGCUGCUCUGGAAAUUGAAGCAGAUAGAGCUCUCAAUUUUCUUCUUGAUGUUUUGCAGUCUGCCACUACCUUCCGUGGUUCUUUUGUCAUUGCUGUCAUCAACACUCUUGCAACAAUUGUAAAGAGAAGACCUCUUCAAUCCAAAGUUAUUCUUUCUGCUUUGAUUUCUUUCAAUCCUAAUUUUGAAUCCCAAAAAGGUCAUGCUUCAAGCAUACGAUACUCUCUAAGGACUGCUUUUGUAGGAUUUCUACGGUGCAAUCACCCAUUAUUCACUGAGUCCAGAGACAAGAUAAACAAAGCAUUGCGAGCAAUAAUCCCGGGUGAAUCAAUUGAUCAAAUUGUACGUCAAGUUGAACGAAUGGCAAGAACUAUAAAUCGUGUAUCCCAUGAAAUUCGUUCCAAUAAGGGGGAACCACCAGCUAUUCAAGAACUGCAAACGGGGAAUCAGAUUAGGAACAAGAUUUCACGACUCUCAAGUGCUGCUCUUUCUGAAGAGUUGCCUGCUAAGAGAAUAGAAUUUGAGGUACCACUGAAUAUGGCACAUUCUACACAUAUGACAUCAGAUUUGCCAGAUGGUAAUGAUGAUGGAAAUGGUGAUUAUUCAUCAAACACUUCUCUAGCGAAUGGUGACUUAUCAGCAGCUGAAAAGAUGAUUGCCAUGAUCGGUGCUCUCCUGGCUGAGGGGGAAAGAGGGGCUGAAUCCCUUGAGCUUCUUAUUUCCAAUAUUCAUGCUGACCUUAUGACAGAUAUAGUUAUAGAAACUAUGAAGCAUCUCCCCAAGAACUUAAUGGCGAUAUCAGUCUGGCACAAUAAUGCACAAUUAAAUGAAGAGACUCCCUCUUCCAGCAUUUCUUCACAGGUUGUGCCAACCGCUGCAAUUGUUUCUGCACCAACUCCAUUACCUGCUGAAUUGGCAUCCACUGGUGUAGGGACAAAUGGAGUUGGCAUUUUCAGUCCUGAUACAUCUACUGUCUCUAACCUUGCUGUUGAAGUUAGAAGGGAUCCCAGGAGGGAUCCUCGUCGUCUUGAUCCACGUUGGCCAGGGCCAGUUGGAAGUCUACACUCUGCACCUUUGAACUCAGAGAAUAGCAGUGAUGCACAAACUGUACCAUCUCAGCUCUCUAGUAAAGCUGUUCCUACUUCAGAAACUGUCAUUGUUGAACAAUCUUCCAUGCCAUUGACUUAUAAAACUGAGGUGGAGCUUUCUGAAAUACCAGAUACUCAGAGAACAGGCAAAAUACAAUCAUUAGAAGCCUCAGAAGUCCAGGACAAUGCCAUGGCUAUGGAGCAAACUUCAGAUGUCCAUACACCACCAAACUUAACUUGUGAACAAGCUGUUGAAGAACAGCUGGCAGAGUCUACACCAUCAGAUGCUACAGCUAAUGAUGAUAUUUAUAAUCUUCCAGAAUCCGAUGAAUUUGCUUCCCCUGAUAUUAACUCAAUGGUCUCUGAAGAGAAUUUUCAUAAUUUGAUUGCACAUCCGUCUCUACUUGAAUUAAAAGAUGAGCAGAGAAGCAAUCUGCACAGGUUAGCUGUUACUCGGAUUAUCAAAGAUUACAAGAAAUUCCAUGUCACAGGAUCUAGUCAACCAUGCCUUCCAUUGCUUGCUCGUCUGGUUGCACAUAGUGGGGCUGAUGAUGACAUUCUUAUGUUUUUAGAAGAACAUAUUGUAUUGGAUUAUCCUCAUCACAAGGGCCAUGAACUUGCAAUGCAUGUCCUCUAUUACCUGCAAGCAAUAGUGAUUUCCAAGGUAGACAAUUGUUCCUCAGUGGCUACUAGUUACGAGAAAUUUCUUCUGGGAAUUGCAAAGGCAUUGUUGGAUUCCUUUCCAGCUACAGAUAAAUCCUUCAGUAAACUGCUUGUUGAAGCUCCAAUACUGCCUGACUCUUCAUUGAAAUUGUUGGAGGAUUUGUGCCAUGCAAAUUAUAAUGAGCAUCAUUUAGAAGAAACACGUGAUGGUGAUCAUGUCACUCAAGGUCUUGUUGCAACAUGGGGCUUAAUUUUGGGACGUCCUUCUUAUAGACGAGCUUGCUUGGAUAUUGCCUUGAAGUGUGCCCUUCAUCCUCAGGAAGAAGUUAGAGCUAAAGCUAUUCGAUUGGUUGCAAACAAGCUUUAUCUUCUGAACUAUGCUUCAGAUAGUAUUGAACAGUUUGCUAUGCAAAUGCUACUAUCAGUUGUUGAGCAGCAAAAUUUUGAGGAGGAUAUCAGUACUGAAAACUCGAAUGACCAACAAACAGAAGAUGAACUUAUUUGUGGCCCCAGGCCUUCAGAGCCUGCUUCUUCUACGAGCGAAAAUAAUAAAGAUAAUCAAGCUUCUGUGAUGAAGGUUCCUGCAUUAUCUUUGUCACAAGCACAACAGAAAACAUCCUUAUUCUUUGCUCUAUGCUUAAAGCAGAAACCAAGUCUUCUUCAAUUUGUAUUUGACAUAUAUGGGAAGGCUCCAAAGGCUGUCAAGCAGUCUAUUCAUCAACACAUUCCAGUCAUUGUAAAGAAUCUUAGUACAUAUUCUCACCUAUUGAAAAUAUUCUCUGAUCCUCCAGAAGGAAGUAAAAUUCUGAUUGUUUUGGUCUUGGAAACUCUAACUGAAGAGGCAACACCUUCGUCUGAGUUAAUUGCCACAGUCAAGCAUCUUUAUGAGACUAAACUGAAGGAUGCGGUUAUUCUCAUUCCAAUGCUGUCUUCUUUUUCAAAGGAUGAGGUGUUGCCUAUCUUUCCACGUCUAGUUGAUCUUCCCUUGGAGAAAUUUCAAGCUGCUUUAGCUCGCAUUUUGCAGGGAUCUGCACAUACUGGUCCUGCAUUAACUCCUGCUGAAGUAUUGAUUGCAAUUCACAAUAUUAAUCAUCAGAAAGAUGGUGUUGCACUUAAGAAGAUAACAGAUGCUUGCACAGCAUGUUUUGAGCAACGUAUAGUUUUCACUCAGCAUGUUCUAGAAAAAUCAUUGAAUCAUUUGGUUGAGCAAGUGCCCCUCCCUCUUCUUUUCAUGAGAACUGUUAUUCAAGCAAUAGAUGCCUUUCCAUCUCUGGUUGAUUUUGUUAUGGGUAUACUUUCAAAGUUAGUGACAAAGCAGAUAUGGAAGAUGCCAAAAUUAUGGGUGGGAUUUCUAAAAUGUGCUGCACAGACACAACCUCGUUCUUUUGAUGUUCUACUUCAGUUGCCAUCACUUCAUCUUGAGAGUGCUUUAAAUCGGCAUCCUAACUUAUGGACUCCGCUUGCUGCUUAUGCUAAUCAACCAAACUUGAGGACUUCACUACCAUGGCAAAGCCUCAAGGUGUUGGGUGUUCUUGAUGAAACACAAGAUGAUACAAGACCAUCUAUUCCCACAACUUUGCAGGCUCCUGAAACAAGAUCUUCAAUUCAUGGUACAGCACUUCCAUGAUAAUCAACCAAAAAAACAAAUCUUGAUGGUUCACUUAAGGAAAACCCCUCGGCUUUCCGAGGUGACUGAGAUUCACAGACUGGCAUCCAGCUUUAGACCCAGUUUGUUGCCAGAGAGAAAAAACAAGCUUGCGAAGAAACAUGCCUAGCAAUCAGAAUGUUCAUUUGGAGGCAAUGGAAUGAUAUACAACAGUACCUAGCUCACUCACCCACACAAGAUUGACCAGUCACGGUAGAUAUAUAACAGGCUGAAGAUAUAGAUGUAUCAUAGCUGUAUUCUAAUGGCAAAAAGUUGUUCAUCCUGAGCCCCAAUUUGUUCUUGAGACGUAUGUAGCUGGUUAAGGAUAGUUCAGGUGUCCCAAACUCGAUGCUGAAAGAUUAAAAUUUACCCAUUUUAUUGUUUUUUAAAUGCAACCCCUAUUGUUUUUUUUUAAUUGACAUCAAUUAUCCGGCUUACGCAACUAUACAAUCCUAACGUUGGUUUCA